GUAUUACUAUGGGCGUUGAUUUCCGGCAAUUUUGCGUCUGGAUUUGUUUUUUUCAAUGUUCCACAGAGUCCGCGUGUUAAUCGUGUGUGUUUGUUGUGUGUGCGCGCGCGCGUUUGUGGUCUUUUAACGGUCCCCGGUUUCGGGUGCUGUCACCGCCUCCCACCCCUCGUUCUCCUCCUCCUCCCCCCCCCCCCUUCCUCCCCGCGUCACUACAUGCGAGUCACCGUCGCGGCUCCACGCAUCGUUGGCCCGCAAUGACCGAGAGCCCCGCAACGCAGCCGGCCGACGGGGACGUGUGUCAGCGGGCGAAGAACGGACUGAGGCCGGAGAGGAACGGCUCGGCGAAGAGCCUCCGCCGCGGCCAUGAGCGGCGGGCCGAGCGCCCCCGCUGCCCCCCCGGGGAAGGAGAGGAGCAGGAGGCGGAUGCGGAGGAGGAGGUCCCCGCGGCGCCGCGGCCCUUCGCCGAGUCCUUCGAGGAGACCCCCAUGCUGGUGGCGGUGCUCACCUACAUGGGCUACGGCGUGCUGACCGUCUUCGGCUACCUGCGCGACUUCCUCCGCCACUGGAAGAUCGAGCGGUGCCACAUCGGCCGGGAGAAGGAGGAGCAGACGGGUUUUGUGCCCCUCUACCAGGACUUUGAGAACUUCUACACCCGAAACCUCUACAUACGCAUAAGAGACAACUGGAACAGGCCCAUAUGCAGCGUCCCGGGGGCCAAAAUGGACCUGAUGGAGCGAACGUCCCGCGACUACAACUGGACCUUUGAUUACACGGGCCGGGUGGUGCGGGACGUGAUCAACCUGGGCUCCUACAACUACCUGGGCUUCGCCGAGAACACGGGCCCGUGCGCCGACGCCGCGUCCGAGGUCGCCGCCAAGUACGGCGUCGGGGUGGCCAGCACCAGGCAGGAGAUUGGUAACCUCGACCGGCACGAGGAAAUGGAGAAGCUGGUGGCUGAGUUCCUGGGCGUGGAGUCGGCCAUGGCGUUCGGGAUGGGCUUCGCCACCAACUCCAUGAACAUACCGGCCCUGGCUGGCAAGGGCUGUCUGAUUCUGAGUGAUGAAUUGAACCAUGCCUCUCUGGUCCUGGGUACCAGACUCUCAGGGUCCACCAUCAGAGUCUUCAAACACAACAACAUGCAGAGCCUUGAGAAGCUGCUGAGAGAGGCCAUAGUUCACGGGCAGCCCAGGACUCACAGACCAUGGAAGAAGAUCCUCAUCGUGGUGGAAGGCAUCUACAGCAUGGAGGGCAGCGUGGUGCGCCUGCCCGAGGUCAUUGCCCUGAAGAAGCGCUACCGGGCCUAUCUUUACCUAGACGAGGCCCACAGCAUCGGGGCCCUGGGGCCGAGAGGCAGAGGUGUGGUGGAUUACUUCGGCCUGGACCCCUGCGAUGUGGACGUCAUGAUGGGCACUUUCACCAAGAGCUUUGGCGCGGCGGGGGGAUACAUCGCAGGGAAAAGGGAGCUCAUUGAGUACCUGCGUUCCCAUUCACACAGUGCGGUCUACGCCACCUCCAUGUCUCCUCCUGUGGUGGAGCAAAUCAUCACUUCCAUGAAGUGCAUUAUGGGAGAGGAUGGAACAAAAAUAGGCCUUGAGCGCGUGCAGCAGCUGGCGGUGAACACGGUCUAUUUCCGCAAGAGGCUUCGAGAUAUGGGCUUCAUCAUCUACGGCAACCAGGACUCCCCCGUGGUGCCCAUGAUGCUCUACAUGCCGGCCAAGAUAGGAGCGUUCGGCAGGGAGAUGCUGAAGAGGAACAUAGGGGUGGUGGUCGUCGGCUUCCCCGCCACGCCCAUCAUCGAGUCCCGGGCGCGCUUCUGCCUCUCGGCCGCCCACACGAGGGACGUGCUCGACCGGGCGCUGAGUGUCAUCAGCGAGGUGGGCGACCUGCUUCAGCUCAAGUAUUUCCGACACAAAAUCCAGCCAGCGCGGCCCGCCGCCCGCGACGCGUACGAGGACGUUGACAACUGAGAGGGGCCGCCGCUUUCCCAAAGCGAGCGCCGACCAGGACCGGGGACACGAGCGCAGCAAGGAGUUGUCCCUUGUCCCCUGCCUUAAUCCGACAUGCAGAACCUGUGGUGCACACAGUGAAAAAACCCACUUUAACCUUGUUAUUUUUAUACAUUAUUUUUAUUUUUUUUAUAAUUUUGGGUCAAAGACUUUAAGUUGUUGUGUGUGUGCUUCUUGCAUGUUAAGCUGUGUGUGUGUGUGUGUGUGUGUGUAAGAGAGAGAAUGUCUUUGAACUGGUGAGCGAGGCGCUUGCUUCAACAUGAUGAUGUCGUACUGGAAACAAGUGGCCAGAUGUGCAUUUUUUUUUUUUUUUUUUUUUUUUUACCAAAUAAACAAAUGCCAUCCACUGUUUUUGAUGCUAAGCUAAUGCUAAGCCUGCUGGCCAUAACUUUAUAUUUACCAUCAAUCGCCAGAUCUAAAUUUAAGCGAAGCAAAUAAGUGUAUUUCCCAGAAACACAAAAUAAUCUUUUUCUUCAGUCGUCAUUCGGGGAAGCUCACACUGGCUCUCUGUCAGCUGUAAGUCGCCUUUAUAUAUUCCAGCGUCAACAUUUAAGUAUAUCAUGUAAACAAAAGCUUAAACCCACAACUCCGAAAUGUGAAAUGAAAUAUUGUAAAUUAUAAUAAUUCAAAUUUUUUGAAAUGAUAACUUCAGGACUAAUAAAUAGUUAGGAAAAAAUGGAAAUAUCUACUCAAACUGAUCCUCUGAUUCUCACAGUUAUGUUUCAUGUCACUGACAUCAGUAUGAUUGUAUGCUUUUAUUUUUAUUGCUGCAUAUUUAUACAGUUUUCAUGUCACGGAAGAAUUUAAUAUCACUUGAUAAUCUUACUAUUUUGUUUUCAAAUGUCCAGUUUAUUGGUACCAGUUGGUCAGUUUAGUCCCUCUGAAGCAGUGCGACAAAUAGAUUAUUUCACGUUACACACACUCGUCUUCGGCUUCGUGCUGCUGAGCUUCGGGGGGGGGGGGAAACAACGCUUAAAUGAAGGGAGCUGUCCACAAAAGCUAAACGAAGGAUAUUCCACAUGUAACUCCCGACAGGCAUCGCGUGACCUCCCGCUCGUCCUGCUGAUGCACCGCGAGAAUGACGCUACGUCACAUGUCGUCACGUGUAGAAUGAGCCGUUGGAGCUCCAGAGGACGUUCCUUUGUGUCCGUCACUGUGCACGGGAGCUUCUUGUGUGGCUGACUUUCCUUCCGAUGCAAAACGUGUCCAAACCUUUACAUUUUGAUAUGAAAAUAGAGUAAAACCCAGAGACCUUACGGGUUGACCGCCCCAAUGAUGCUUUUCUUAAUGUGAAUUAUAUCCCAGUACUCUCAAAAUGAUUGGUGCUAGAUACAACUAUAUAUAUCUCAAUAUUUUGUGUAACGGUUCUAUGGUCAUUAAAAAGGAGCUAUACGUAAUAUUUAGUUCACUAAACAAUGGUUAUCUUUUUAACAGCCCUCGAGUUCACCCUUAAUGACGCCACUGGUUUAGUGCGAGCUACCACACAGAGAUCAUUCCUUUUCUGAUAUAGUGCCUUUUGAAGCAAACGUUUUUUCUAAGAGUUGCGUGUCAUAACUUGGAUUGUUCAUCUUCUACGGUCUUAUUAGACUUCUUUCACCACUUUGUCCUCAACACUGUUGAUGAAUUGCACUGGAUGUGUCUUCUGUGUUGACUUAUUCUCAUGGAUUUGAUCAUAGAAAACGCUUUAUUUGCAACAUAUCUGCAUAUUAUUGCUAACUAAAGUGUCACCUGUGUUGAUGAUAUUGGCAGAUUGUUAAAACAAUAAAGAAACAAAGCAGAUUCGAGCUGCCAA